UUGACUUAAUAAUUUAGUAUGUGCCGUACCGAUUCGUGCCGUAUAAAUUUGUAAUCAAAAUAUAGUUGUAGGACUGUUGCUUUAAAUUUGGUGUGUUAGCUUAUUUUAAAUUUAUGUAAUUGUCGCCCUGUGGCACCUUAAACACAUGGUGUGAUGCUGUCACUUUUUGGACAUAUUAAUAUCAGCGUACUUUUGUAGGCUUACUCUGAGCAUUUUGGCUCUCAUCCAAGGCAAACGCCUGCUGAGUUUUAAGAACUUCGGAAAAUGUGCAGUUAUACACAUUCCUGUAUAUGCAUACAUAUAGCGAGAAAAAAUGUCAACCGAGAGCCUUAAUAGUUUGAGCGACAAAGAACUGCACAGAAAGUUAAUCCAAAGUGGUUUUCCCAGCACUCCGGUGACCGAGACAACGCGAGCUGUUCUAAUCGAGAAGUUGAGGAAACACACUCGAGCUGACAGGCUGAAAAAACGAAGCAACAAGUACGUACUGUACUCCAAGGAGCCAUCGGAAUCAGCGGCCUAUCCCCAGUUCCCUCAGUACCACGGUUCUCAGUCGCCUCUUAGCUUCAACGGCCUUGAUAACAAUAAUGACUUGGAUCUGAGCCGCAGCUGCUCAGUUUUCAAUCGCAGCUUUGACGAGAACGACUCGAGUCCGUUGCAGUUGUCUGCCUCUAAGAUGUACGCCCCACCUCCUGUGAUGGCCUCCAAUUACGAUGGGGACACCUCGUCCCACACUUUGGGCCUUAAUGGCAAGUACCGACAGCAAUGCUCCAUGCCGUAUUCCAUAGACACGUCGAGUAACUAUGGAAAACCCAGUGGAAAGGUCAAGAUAUCCGAUGGAGGUGUGGUAAAUCGACUGCUCAGCUUGCGAGAUACCACAAUCCAGCGCAAAUUCAACUACCCAACCGGCCAAACGACGCGAAUUUCGCCAAAGAACGAAAGACUUACUCGAUUUGCUUUGUCGGACCCGGACAUAAAACCCUACGUAAUUCCACAAGUGCUUAUUUCGCUCUUCUUAAUAUUUCUGAUAAUAAUCACUGUCUUGUACGUGGGUAAGAGGUUUGAACAGAGUCCCAUCGACAAAAACGCACUAAAGUAUACAUUAUGUAACCCCAACGAUUUGCAAAUGUUUAACGAUAGGGUUAAUUGCAUAUCAAAAGAUUCACUGAAAGGUGCGUUAGAUUUGAGCGAGGAAAUCUUCAAACACCUUAACGAGAGAUCUAGGCUCCACCACUGCAAAGACGCCAGCUUGUCGCCCACCCUGGAAGUUGGAGAAUUUGUAAAGGAAAUGGUUAGCAACCCAAAGACUCACAGGGGAAAUCUACACAAUAACUUAAUAGCUGCCAAAUACCUUAUUGCCGAAAAUCCACAGUGGAGUAUUCAAGUUGUGGAUUCUUCGAAGCACAUUGGACAGAGCUUGUAUUUUGAGCUAACCGAGCCUAACCUGCCGCUAAAGUGUAUUAUAUGGAAAAAAAUUGCACGGUUUUUCAGCGUUAUCUGUACACUUAUUUUAAUAGUAGUUGGAUUCCUGAUCGUCUACUUUGCAGUGGUGAUUUACCGAGCCAAACAGAAGGAAGCCCUGCUUGCGGUCGACCAGUUCUCAAAGGACAUAAUCAACGAACUGAUUUAUUUAAGUUCCCAAUCCGAAAGUCCUGAGGUGAUUAUAAGUCAACUGCAGGAAAAGUUUUUGCCGGUCAAGAAGCGCUCCAAGCACCUGUCUUCUUGGAACAAGGCACUUAAGCAACUUGAAAAGAACGAUAGCCGUGUGCUGUUCGGUAUGAUCAGUCGGGAUGGAAAGGCGAUGCGCACGAUUGCUUGGAACAGAAACCUAGAUAAGAAGGAUGCUGGCCUGGUCAAGAAGUGGCAGAGUCCCGCCUUCGACAACUCUAACAAAAUUGCUAAUCCUCCGACUUCUUGUCUAAAGAUUCGCCAUAUGUUUGACUCCUCGGAAGUGGACCAAUCCAAUCUGAAGCAAUCUAUUCUGGAGUCCAUAAUUGAGAAGGUAGGGUCGCGCUGCAAAAUCUGCGAUGUCCAGCUGGAUAUCCAGUCGUGCUGCGUGUACAUCAGAUGCGCCAGUGAGGAGGACGCUGGAACAAUUCACAACGAGAUCAAUGGCUGGUGGUUCGACAAGCGGUUGAUUUCGAUAAAAUUCUUAAGACUUGAACGCUACCUAAGCCGUUUCCCCAAGCCCUCGACCGAGCCACUCUACUUUCACACCAACGAGGCAGCAAUUAACACUCACUCAUAAAGUACACCAUUUUACACUAGAUACCUAAGUUAUUAAAUGCGAAUUUGUUUUACAUGUA